GACAUGGCAACACUGGCAGAGCAAAUCAUUGAGGCCACGCCUGAGCGAAUCAAGCUGGAGGACUUCUCAAGGGGGGCAGAGUCACCGCUCAGAGAGAGACGGGACAACCCUGCCAUACAGGACACCUGGUUGGCUACUUACCUGGACACGGUUGACACUCACACACACUCCCCACCCAGACGGGUGUGCCCCCCCUCACCUCUCAGUGCACUGGCCCUCCAGAGGCUCCGCCCUCCAUCCUCUGCAGCAUGGGCGGAGUUCCUGAACGCCUCUGCCAAUGGGAAGAUGGAGAGAGACUUUGCCCUUCUGACACUGACUGACGGCGAGCAGAGGGAGCUGUACGAGGCCGCCAGGAUUAUCCAGAACGCCUUCAGGAGAUACAAGGGUCGGAGGUUAAAGGAACAGCAGGACAUGGCUGCAGCCGUCAUUCAGAGAUGCUACAGGAAGUACAAA